AUGCCGUUUACCCCGGCGGCGCUUUGGGUGCUUGCGUGCCUCGUACUUGCCUAUGUGCGCAUCCACAUGCGCCGGGGAGAGACGCCGCCGCCGCCGCCGCGCAAUCCGAUCGCGCUCCCGCCGGAAAUUGCGCGCAUGAUCUUUGCGCACGCAGCGGCUGAUCGCAGCGCGGAACGCGAUGGGCUCUGGCGCAUGCUUGUCCUAUCGCACACUCACUUUCGGAUCCUCGCGCCGAUCGCAUACCACACGAUCCAUGUACGGUCGAGCGCGGCGCUGCAUGUACUGCGCACUACCCUCGUGCUUCGGCGGCCAAAGCUCGCGCGCUACGUUCGGUGCCUACGAUUGGACGACUGCGAUCCAAGUGCCGUCGGUAUGGAGCAGGUGUUUUUAUGCUUGUCGCGGCUCGCGAGUCUUUCCCUUGAUGCGCGCGCAUGCGUCGCGGUAGGCAAAAUCAGGCGCAUCAAGACUGGCGCACGGCCCACGGCGCUGCGUGUGCGGUUGGGCGACGCAGCGCCGCACCUGCUUGUAGAUCUGCUAACGUCGCCACUGUUGCGGGACGUGCAAACACUGCAGAUUUCGUGUAUGCCGCACGCGGUGCUCGCGCUGGCGGAUUGCCCAUUGCAGUGCUUGAGGGCGGUAGAGAUGACAUUGCUCGCGCCAGUGGAGAGCGAGGGUGCGCUGGCUUUGCAGCGUGCCUUGGCACGGCUAGCCGAGCGCAAGGUUGCGGUUGGGAUGGUAGCGCGCGAUACGGGAUGCGUUGGUACGAUAGGAUAA